AUGCUCUACCUGGUUGCUCUCCUCUUGCACUAUCUCCCCUUGGCCAUGGGACAGUAUGACAUUUGCAAGUCCUGGGUGACCACGGAUGAUGGCCCGUCGUGGGAGUUCUAUGCUUGUCAACCCAAGGCCAUGCGGAUGAAGGAUUAUGUGACAGUACGGGUGGAUCCGGCAGGAAUCACUUGUGGGGACCCGCCAGAGAGGUUCUGCACCCACGAGAACCCAUACCUGUGCAGUGAUGAGUGCGACGCCUCCAACCCGGACCUGGCCCACCCGCCAAAACUCAUGUUUGACAGUGAGAAUGAAGGGCUGGCCACGUACUGGCAGAGCGUGACGUGGCGCCGGUACCCCGAGCCACUGCUGGCCAACAUCACGCUGUCCUGGAACAAAAGCAUCGAGCUGACGGAUGACAUCGUGAUAACCUUCGAGUACGGCCGACCCACCAUCAUGAUGCUGGAGAAGUCACUGGACAACGGGAGGACUUGGCAUCCGUACCAAUAUUAUGCAGAUGACUGCAUGGAGGCCUUCAGCAUGCCAGCACGGAGGGUCCGGGACCUCUCCACCACCAGUGCCAACAGGGUCCUCUGCACGGAGGAGUAUUCCCGCUGGGCGGGCUCCAAAAAAGAGAAGACAGUCCGGUUCGAGGUGAGGGACCGCUUUGCCAUCUUUGCUGGCCCUGACCUCAAGAACAUGGACAACUUGUACACGCGGCUGGAGAGCGCCAAAGGGCUCAAGGACUUCUUUACCGUGACCGACCUGCGGAUGAGACUGCUGAGACCGGCCCUGGGGGGCACCUACGUGCAGAGGGAGAACUUGUACAAGUACUUCUAUGCCGUCUCCAACGUUGAAGUCAUUGGCAGGUGUAAAUGCAACCUCCAUGCUAACCUGUGCACCUUCAAAGAGGGCAGCCUGCAGUGCGAGUGCGAGCACAACACCACGGGGCAGGACUGCGGCAAGUGCAAGAAGAACUUUCGCUCCAGGUCUUGGCGAGCAGGAUCCUACCUGCCUCUCCCCAACGGGUCCCCCAACGCAUGUGCAGCUGCAGGCUCAGCCUUUGGCAACGUUAGCAUCCCUUCCAGUGCAGAAGCAUCCUCAAAGAGCUCAAAACUCAUCCGGCUCAAACCAGACUCUGGCCCGGUGGCUCCUAUUGAAACAUAUAAAGACUGUGAGUGCUACGGCCACUCCAACCGCUGCAGCUACAUCGACUUCCUCAACGUGGUGACCUGCGUCAGCUGCAAGCACAACACGAGGGGCCAGCACUGCCAGCACUGCCGCCUGGGCUUCUACCGCAACAGCUCGGCGGAGCUGGAUGACGAGAAUGUAUGCAUAGAAUGUAACUGCAACCAGAUCGGCUCCAUGCACGACCGCUGCAACGAGACCGGCUACUGUGAAUGCAAAGAAGGCGCCACGGGGCCCAAGUGUGACGACUGCCUGCCCAACUACUACUGGAGACAGGGCUGCUUCCCCAACGUCUGCGAUGACGAGCUCCUGCUCUGCCAGAACGGCGGCACCUGCUACCAGAACCAGCGCUGUGUCUGCCCCGUGGGCUUCAAGGGGGUCCUGUGCCAGCAAUCCAGGUGCGAAGCCGACAAAAAGGACUGCGACGAUAAAAAGUGA